CGUUCGAGCGAGGACGCACUUCAGCCCGCCUCCACAGCGGCAGCACCCCUCAGAUGCCCCGACACACGUUUAGCCUUCCGUCUGUAAUCAGGUCUUUCUAAAAAAAAAUUUUUUUUACAUUUAAACAGGCAAGUCACGCCGGGACUUUAGUCUCCCACAGAGGAGGCUGCGAGUGAGAAUCGCCUCCGCAGUCUCUGAUGCGUAGUAAACGGGGAGUGGGUUGGGUCGCCUAGGCGCCUGGCACGCACACGUCGUCGGCGAUAAAAAAAAGAAAGAAGAAGCAAGAUAGGUGAGGUGGGAGGAGGGGGAAGCGAUACCCGAGGCUUUGUAAUCAGAAGGACACCGGAGAGGUGAGUCGGACACGGGGAAAACCGGACCCACCGGCUGUGGAUUGGACUCCCGACGCAAACCCCGGCCGGUUUUUGUCGCCCGGGAUUCGGAAGAUCUUGAUUCCCGGACCCCGCGGGCAACCACGUUGUCAAACCUCCAAACCUGAUCCAGGCGUCUCCAUCUGAAGGGAAUAUAACAAGUGAAUCUGCGGUUGCAACACACAAUGGCAACCGGUGCGCUCCUGCUUGCCUGUGCGCUGCUCGCCGGUGUUGCCGUGGCUCAGAGAGUCGUAACUGUGCAAAGUGGACCGCUGGUCCGGACCGAGGGCUCUCAUGUGACCAUCAUGUGCAACGUGAGUGGCUUCAAAGAAGGGGUGGAGCAGGACUUUGAGUGGUCCAUGUACCUGCCGUCGGCAUCGGACCGGGAGAUUCGCAUCGUGAGCACAACUCAGACAAACUACGCCUACGCCGUGUACGCACAGAGGGCCAAUAGCGAAGAGAUCUACGUGGAGAGGCUGAGCGGCGACUCGGCGGUGCUCCACAUCACCAAAGUCGAGGCCAAGGACCAGGGUCUGUUUGAGUGUUACACGCCCAACACAGACGGGCGGUACCUGGGAUCCUACAGCGCACGCACCAACCUCACUGUCAUCGCCGACUCGUUGACGGUCACGGCACCGGCCCAGACUCUGUCCAAGGUGGAGGGCGACACCCUACAGCUCACCUGCGAGGUGUCUCGGACCACCCUGCAGCACACCCACUUAUCCGUGGGCUGGUACCUGCGGUCCCCGGAGGACGCGGCGGCGCCCCCUCAGGAGCUGGUCACCUUGUCGAGGGACUUCGUGCUGCGCUCCGGCGGACCGUACCGGCAGAGGAUGGCGGCGGGCGACCUCCGGCUGGACAAGACCAGCGCGACGGCCUACAGGCUGACCAUUCACAAGCUGCAGCCGGUGGACCAGGGCCUGCUCUACUGCCAGGCUGCCGAGUGGAUUCAGGACACGGACGGCAGCUGGUUUGCCAUGACCCGCAAGCAGAGCGACAAGACUCAGCUCCGCAUUCAGCCCACUGAUCGGGACUUCAGCAUCCAGGUUCACACGGAGCGACGGUCCUUCACGGCCGGUGAGCCGCUGGAGCUCCACUGCACCAUCGAGGCCCAGAACGUCCCGGAGCGCUUCUUCUCGGUGUCGUGGGUCUUCAGCAGCUCACCGGUGGCCGUGGUGGGCCCCAGUGCCGUGCCGGUCCUGGGCCCCGAUUACGUCUCCCGCGAGGCCGCCGGACAGAUGACGGUGCGCAAAGAGAGCGCCAACGUGCACCUGCUCAAGCUGCAGCACCUCCGCCCCGAAGACGCCGGGAAGUACAUCUGCCGCGUGACGGAGAGGGAGAAGACGCCCACGGGGGACUUCAUCGACCGCAGCAAGAGGUCCCGCAACGUCCAGAUUACAGUCCAGCCGCUCAAGAGCAACAUCACCGUGUCAUUGUCGAGCAACUCUUCGGAGGUCCUAGAGGGCGACGUGAUCCAGUUGACCUGCUCCGUCCAGUCCACCACAGGGCCCCUGUCUGUCGUCUGGCACUGGACAGACAAGCAGGGGACCGGACCGGACCUGGAGGUGGCCUCCUUCGAUCGGGGCGGCACUGUAUUGCACAGUCCCUCCUACAGAGAGCGCUCCAACUACGGGGAGAUACGCGUGGAGAAGGUGCAGGCCGACACCUUCUCUCUGUCCCUGUACAACGCCUUACCUGGGGACGAGGGCCAGUACCGCUGCACGGCCACCGAGUGGCUGCAGACCGGCACCGAGCCAGAACUAAACUGGGAGAAGAUCGGGGAGAAGUUGGCCACCAAGGCCGUCACCGUCAAGACCGUUGAGUCGUCCUUCAUGGUGUCGGCCUCGUCCCGGACGCCGUCCGUCACCUUCGGAGACGCCUUCGACCUCCUGUGCCUGGUGAAGCCCCGUCACAACCCUCGCGUGCCCACCUCCGUCACCUGGCGCUUCAUGCCGGCCGGCGCAAAAGCCGUCGACGGGGAUCAGGGAGAGUUCAAGGACCUGGUGACCUUCACGCGCGAGGGCACGCUGCAGUGGGGCGAGCAGCUGCUGGGGCUCGGCACCCGCACCACGGUGGACCGCUCCCACUCCAACACCAACUUCCGGCUGUCGGUGACCCGAGCGGGCCGCCGCGAGGCGGGCAAAUACCAGUGCACCGCUGACCUGUGGAGGAGGAACUAUGACAACAGCUGGAGCAAAGUAGCCAACCGCACUUCCAACCUGCUCGGCAUCAGUGUCCUACAGCCAGAGAGCAAGCUGCGGGUGCAAAAGACCAACCAGUCUCUGGUGUACCUGGAGGACAGUCGCGUCCAGAUCAACUGCUCCAUCAGCUCCCAGACCAGCCCGGACUCCCAGCACGCCGUGCUGUGGUACGUGAGGCGCGCCACCGGGUCCGAAGCCGACGAGCUCCUGCUGAGGAUCGAACGCUCGGGCGCCUUGGAGUACGGCGCCUACGCCGAAGAGGAGCGGCUGCGGCGGCGAGUGCAGGCCGAGCGGCUGUCGAGCCGCCUCUACGUGCUGACGUUGAACCGGGCCGAGAGCAGCGAUUCCGGGACGUACUACUGCCUGGUGGAGGAGUGGCUGAGUGACCCAGAUGGCGCGUGGUAUCGACUCUCCCGGGAGUCCUCGGGGCUCACGCAGGUUCAGGUCCGACAGCCAGAGAUCCGCCUGCAGGUGGAGGAGCUGGAGUCCAACAUGACGGUGGAGGAGUCCGCCUCCAUCCGGCUGGGCUGCAGCAUUCCCUCCCAAUCGUCCAGAGACUCUCGCUUCUCCGUGUCCUGGUACGUGGAGCGCCCCGAAGGCGACGACGACGAUGAGGAGGAUGAGGAACAGCCGGGUCAGGAAGAGAAAGAGUGCGUGUUCUCCAUCGGCUACGAUGCCGUGUUUGGGAAUGGAAACUGCAGCCCCAGAGAGGAGCCGGGCCCCAAUUCCCGCCUGCAGUUUGAAAGGAUGACCUCCGACCAGUACAGCCUGACCAUUCAGGGAGCCCGGUCGACGGACACGGGCCGGUACUACUGCCACGUGGAGGAGUGGCUCCUCAACCCCCGGAAUGCAUGGUACCGCCUGGCCACCAACAACUCCGGGUUCACCAUCGUCAACGUCAUUCAACGAGUGUCCACCCUCCAGUCGGUGGUGUGCUCCAACGACUCCCUCUUCUACUUUGUCUUCUUUUACCCCUUCCCCAUCUUCGGCAUCCUCCUCAUCGCCGUGCUGCUCGUGCGCUACAAGAGCCGCAACAACAGCAAGAGCCAAGAGGGCAAGAACGGCGCCCCCCUUCUGUGGAUUAAAGAACCUCACCUCAGUUACUCGCCCACCUGUCUGGACCCACCUGUGCUCAGCCUGCACCCCGGCUCUGUCGACUAAGUGAGGGUCCCCCCCCCCCCCUGCCUCACGCACAUCGGGUAUCCAGCCAACACAAUGUCAGGGACCAGAUCUGGACUCCACCUUCAGACCUCACCAUCGUCCACUGAUGUGUUGAAUUAGUCAGUUUAAAUAACCCUGUUACGUUAACCUGUGUGUGUGUGUGUGUCUGUCUGUCUCUCUGAGUGAAUGUGUGUAUGUGUGUGUGGACUAGAAUGGGUGUGCCAUGUUAGCACUAUAAACUGUGCGAGUGCGAUUUCAAGGACAAGAGAGUUUUAGGAGCGUUUUUUUGUUUUUCUGUCAAACUUUUAGAACUCUGAAUGUUUGUCUAUUUUUCAAGAGAGAGAGAAAGAGAGGAAAAUUGCACUUGAGAUCAUUGGCCAAUCCCCGCAGAGCAUUUAAGAGAAGGAACUCUGUCAUCGACUCCGGCACCGAGUGGAAGCCAAAAGAAAAAGGUCCCCCGCUCUGAUGCGAGAGCAGCCACAGCCCGACCCACUAUGUUGGUUGCCAUAGUGAUUCUCUGCGCCUACUGACUCGGUCGGUAGCUGAUGACUUGGUUGCAGGCUGCAAAGAGACAAAGGCAAGGACACACAAGUCUGUGUCCCUUCGUGAGGAUGUGUGCCCACCUGCCUCCACAAUGGAUCUGCCUUGGCAGACAGACACCGGUCCUCUCGCGCCACCUACACACUGCCAGACACUCUGGCCUGGGUGAGGACUGCUCUUCUUCUUCUCCUCCUCCUCCUCCCUCCUCACCCCAAAAGAGACGAGAUGAAGAGAGAGAAGGUCUCAGAAAUGGGGGAUGGGAUGGGGGGGGGGGGGGUGUAAAUGAACAGCAGAAAACAUAUGUGCUUUUAAACGUUUCCAGUGCCAAGACCUCCUUAUCUCUCCGCGCUGCUCUCUGCAGCCGAUGGUUGAACUUUUCAAGGGAGUCGGAAAGCUGAUUGUUUUUUGCAGCAGAUUGUAAAUAUGUCUGCGUGCCUCCCGCUGUGGGUUUAUGGGCCGUGAGGACAACGGGGCCAUUUCUACACUCGUGUUAAAUCAGUUGAAAUGUCCUGCGUAGAUUAUUCCACAGCUGCGGUGCGUGACUACAAUUAAGUUAGUGCACAUUUCUUUAAGUUGCCCGGUAUGACGACUCCGUCCAGUCUUUCAAGAUAUCAGAAGAGGCUAAUUGAAUUUCUAAAGUUGUAUUCGUUAAAUGCCACACUGGAGAUUUAUCUGUGUAGACGUGUAGUAAAAAACACUUUAAAAUGUAACCUGCACAUUAUUAGAAAAACAAAAAGACGGCCGGGGGCAAAUAUUUGACUUUUAACGAUUUUUUUCUAUUUAUUGUUUGUUUUUUUACUACUUUGCAUAGCUUUGAAAACAUUUUCUUUUCUGCUUUUAAAUUCUCUAAGAAAUGUGCUGCUUGUGUUGCCAGGCAACUGCACCAAGUAGAUUAUGUCAAAAGCCUGUGUGUUGGCAAUGUGAUAGAUGUAGAAAUGCUAGAUUUGUCCUGCGCAUUGCAGUCUGUAGCAUUUCAUACCAGAUUGUCAAAUUUGGUCGGUGUCAAAACACUGUUUAUCUAUACCUAUAACGAAGAUUACUGUGGCUUUACAUGUGCGAUAGUCGAACAGACCAGUCACAAAAAGGAAUUCACUUAAUGCUUUUUACUUGAGUCGCGUUUUUUUUCUUCUUCGUGAAAUGUGAUGUAACGCGGAGAGAGGACGUGAGAAACCAAACUGUUCCAACAUCUUCGAAUCCCGGAUUGUAGCCGACGCCGUCGUCCUCGGCUCCCCUGGUGCAGAAGGCAGAAGGAGGGUUGCGAGUCGGUGUCACCGGCCAGGAGAGGCGUGAAGUCCUCUCCCCGACCCGGGCCGACCCGCUCACUGCCAGGCCGGACAGGAACGCUCUCGAAGGACUCGUCUACGUGUAUAUUGCAUGACAAUACUGCAGGAGGAAUUUUGAUGUUUUGUAAACUUUGAACUCUUUUGAGCAUUGUGUUUGUGUGACAAAGCAGUGCCCCCCCCACCCCCACAGACUUCCUGAGCCAAGGUUCAACAAAAAGCAGAGUCCUUUUGUCAUUUUCAAUAUUUGACUGCCAAUUCCAGAUGCCCAUUGAGACCUGUGAAGUAAUCCGUUUCAAGAAUGGCUGUUGUGGAGAUUGUGUUUGAUAUUAUUCCUCAUAUUUGUCUAUUUAAUGUUUGCUUUUAUGCAGCACUUCAUUAAACUGAUUUAUGUCGCAAAAAAAUAGAAAGAAGAUGAAGAAGCAAAAAGUGCGUCGCCGAGACUGACACACAAAGCACCACGUUCUGAGGUUUCAACCUGCGUCCCUGUUUUUCAAGGUCACGGUCCAUUUGAAGGAGAACGCCCACUAUGCCACGUUGAGUAAGGCUGGUGCUAUUUUGUCAGGGGCGUUAGAAAUGUAAUGCACAUGCAACUAGAUGAGUCAACGUCUUCAAAGAGUGCCCAUCAAUGAGCUGUCCGUGUACUCAUAACCAAGUGUUGUCAUGUGGUGCACAAUGGACAAAGACGAGUGACACACACACACACACUGCACAUUGCCUGCUCCCAAGCGCUUAAUGAGGCAACAUUUGCAAAAAGGGUCUUUCUAUGUCAAACAUCGAGAGAAAAGAAACAUCAAAUGAAAACUCCAGCUACAAUUACACACCGAUGCUUAAGAUAAUUCCUAUGAGCCAAAAAGUAAUCAUUAAACGAAACCUCACAGGGCAACUAAAGCUAGUUCGUAGCCUAGAAAUAUGUACACUACUGUGAUUAAAUGCAAGAAAAAAGAGUGUGUGAUAGUAAGUUGUGCGUACAACUCCUCGGUGGAGGUGGAGUUGUCAUUUUCUUUGUACGUAUUGUCUGUUUUUCUCACAGAAGGAUUUUUGCCGAACAAAGACCUUCUUGGUGGAAAGGUUGCCUCAUUAAAUUGGAAUAGUCAGUGUGUGGACUUCCUCUCUUUUUCAAUUAUAAACAGUCUUUAGCCUCCUGUUGCUACUUGAUGCUACUGCAAGUCAAAGUGUAUAUAUUUUUAUAUAUAUAUUUAUAUAUAUAUAUUUAUAUAUAUAUCUAUAAACUGCAGGGAAGCCAUUCUGUGCAUCUUCCAGUGUCAUAAGGAAUGAUGGAUUGAAGCUCUUCAUUGAUUUGACAGUCAUAGUUGCAUAAUGUAUUAUUUUGUAAAUGGGAGCUGAUUUCAGUUAUUUAUAAUCAAGAAAGAGUGACAGGAGUGUGUUUAUUGGCUGACUGAUUGCCUUUUGUAUAACUUGAACAUUCCCAGAGAUGCAGGUUGGGUAACAGCUGCUUCAGCCUCACAUAACCGAACACAUUUAAAUGAUGAAAAUCAUGUCAGCGCUGCCGCCAUCAUUGGGGCUUUACAGUUGAACUCUGGUGUUUUUUUGGGCGGUUGUAUUAAUAUUAAUACCAUCCAUAGCUGCCUCCCGAGAUUCCUCCGAACGUGACCGUGUUGUAGCUGCGUUUUGAGGGAUGCAUGUAUUGGCUGUGUGCCGGCUCCAGAUGUAGGUGUAGUUUGUGGUGAUAUAUUUUCAGUUCAGCCAGUGGUGCUUUAUUUUCAGUGAUGUAUUUUUUUUAUAUGACCAUGGUUUGUUUAUUUUUUUUCAUUUGUUAUUCUAUCAAAUAGUUGCCAUCGUGGCCAUUAAAAAGGCACUUUGCUAUUGUCAGUUUAUUGCAAUAAAAUACAUUCACUGCA